CUCGGGUCCGCUGUGGCGCUUCACACGGUCGCCUAGAAUGCGCGUCACAGAUGGCGCCGCGGCCGAGGAGGCUCACGGGAAAUGGAGGCAGAGAGGGAAGCCGAGAAAUUCAGAGGCACACUUGGAAAGCAACGUACCGACCGACUGAGAGACCGACCCUUCGACCGCAAUCAUGAACUUCCUCCGACGCCGUCUCUCGGACAGCAGCUUCAUGUCCAACCUGCCCAACGGUUACAUGUCAGACCUCCAGAGGCCUGACCCACCUGCUCCACCUCCCGCCACCACCUCCUCCUCGUCCCAGCAGGGUACGGCCCCUGGCCCGGCGGCCGUCCCUGCCCAGUCACCCACUAAAGCUCCAGCACCAUCUCAGGUGCCAGCCGGCUCCCCCGCAGCUCAGGAGCGACGUCUGAGCCAGGUGGCUCAGCAGACUCAACAGGCCCAGUCCUCCUCCUCCUCCUCCUCCAGUGGUUCCUCUGGCUUCUUCAGCUCCUUCAGCUCCAUCACCAACGCGGUCAAACAGACGGCUGCUUCCGCCGCCGGGUUCGUGGAGCAGUCGGCUCCCUCCCCCUCCCUCUCCAAGAAGUUCAAGAUCCUGUUGGUCAUUGACGAGCCCAUGCAUGAGUGGGCCAAAGUGUUUCGGGGAAAGAAGGUCCUUGGAGACUAUGACAUCAAAGUGGAGCAGGCCGAGUUCUCUGAGGUCAACCUCAUCUCACACUCAAAUGGAACCUGUAACGUGGACAUGCAGGUCGUCAGGAGUGGCACCAAAGUGGUCAGGUCCUUCAGGCCCGACUUUGUCCUUGUGCGUCAGCACGCCUUCAGCAUGGCCCAGAACGAGGACUUCAGGAACUUGAUCAUCGGCCUGCAGUACGCAGGCGUCCCCGCGGUCAACAGUCUGGACUCCAUCUACAACCUCUGCGACAAACCUUGGGCCUUUUCCCAGCUGAUCAAUAAUCAGAAGAGGCUGGGUUCAGAUAAGUUCCCUCUCAUCGAUCAGACCUUCUACCCCAACUACAAAGACAUGAUUUCAACACCAAGCUUCCCAGUCGUGGUGAAGAUCGGACAUGCCCACUCUGGAAUGGGGAAGGUCAAAGUGGACAACGUGAGUGAUUUUCUGGACAUUGCGAGUGUGGUGGCCAUCACUCAGACCUACUGCACCACAGAGCCAUUCGUAGACGCCAAGUACGACAUCAGGGUCCAGAAAAUCGGCACCGACUACAAAGCAUACAUGCGGACAUCCAUCUCUGGUAAUUGGAAGAGCAACACCGGAUCUGCCAUGUUGGAACAAGUAGCCAUGACUGACAAGUUUAAACUGUGGGUUGAUACCUGCUCAGAGAUCUUUGGAGGGCUGGAUAUCUGUGCCGUCAAAGCCAUCUGUGGCAAGGAUGGUAAUGACUACGUUACUGAGGUGGUGGGUUCAUCUAUGCAGCUGAUUGGCGAUCACCAGGCAGAGGACCGCCAGCUCAUCUCGGAGGUGGUGGUCACCAAGAUGAACCAAGCGCUGGCUGCCAGGUCGUCCUCCGCUUCCCGCUCGCCUGCUCGCUCCCCUCAAGGCGGAAGGCCAACCACCGUGCAGCCCCAGCAGACGGCUGCCCUGAAGGAAGGACUGGCAGAUCCCAACAGGACCUCGGGCCAGCGCCCUCAACCCCAAGGGGCACCAGUAAAAUCAAAGAGUGUGGACCCAUCAUCAGAGCCCGCUAAGAGAGCCUCUGAACCAGUGCCAAAGCCUGACCAGGUCCAGAGACCCGGUCCAGGUCCAGCUCAGAGGUCGGCUCAGGCUCAGAAGCCAGGCCCAGUCCAAAAGGCUGCCUCGGUCACAAAACCUCCAGUGCCGAGGCCUCCGCCGAUGACGAGAGCCCCGUCUGUUGCAAAGUCAGCCCCAGAUUCUGCUUCCAUCCCGGCCCCGGCCAGAGCUUCACCGUCAUCCCCAGCGAAAGCAGCAGCAGCAGCAGCUCCAGGCUCUCCCCCAACCCGAGUGGCUGCAGCAGCAGCAGCAGCAGCUCCAGGCUCUCCCCCAACCCGAGUGGCAGCAGCAGCAGCAGCAGCAGCAGCAGCUCCAGGAUCCCCUCCAGCCUCAGCUCCAGCCCCAGCCUCUCCCUCUCCCUCGGCUUCAGCUCCGACAACAGAGCAGCCCAAGCCCCAGCCGCAGGGCUCCCCGUCCGCAGCUCCUGGCAAACCAAAGGAGCUUCCCCCCAAACCCGCACCACCUGCAAAGCCCAUCCCUCCCGUACGCAGGAAUUCAAGGCCUCAGCUCCAGCCAAAGCCGCAGACCCCGCCUCCUCCCAAAGCUUCGCCCAAAGCCCAGCCCACUGCCCAAGCCCCGGCACCCGCUCCGGCCUCAUUUGCGGCCUCGGCCCCUACCCCGGCACAAGUUCAGUCCCCGGCCGGAGCCAGCCAGUCCCCGCCUAAUGUCCAGUCUCCCGCCAAGGCUCAGCCCCAGGCCAAUCCGGCCUCUCCUUCUCCGAGCCCCGAGUCCGACCCGGCUGAGGCAGCCGCAGCCGCAGCCCCCGCUGAGGCCGAGGCCCCCGUGGAAGAACAGCCAGCCUCCCAGCAAAAGACCCAUCCUCUGCUCAAUAAGUCCCAGUCCCUGACCAAUGCCUUCAACGCUUUCAGCGACUCCUCUUUCUUCCGCGGCGUCUCGAGCUCCGGAGGCGACGGCCAAGAAGAGGCGAAGGCCGAGACCAUUCGCAACCUCCGAAAGUCCUUCGCCAGCAUUUUCUCUGACUAGACACCGCCGAAACCGUAGUCAGGCCCUGAUUGAUUGUGCCCCCCCGGCCCCCGCUCCCCAUUUUACCUUUGGCCAGUGAUGACUUGAUUGACAUUAAAUGUGAACCAGUCUGAGAUUAAAAAUUGUGUGUUAACUGUACUGUAUUCCCUCUCUGCCCCGGACGUCCAGUGAAUGACGCUGUGCCACAGUAAUUGGACUGAAGGAGUUACGUCAUUGAAAUGACUGGAAAAUAACCAAAUUUUUAUUUUUUCCCAGAGUGCACCCAAGAAAUUUUUCUGAAGUAUAUUAAAAAGUAUAUUAUUAUCAAGACUAUAGGAUGUACAUACAGUAUAUAUAUAUAUAUAUAUAUAUAUAUAUAUAUAUAUAUAUAUAUAUAUAUAUAUAUACACACAGUGAAUAAAUAUUAACAUAUAUAUAACUAUAAAUGGAGAUAAGCCAAUAUUUGAAAAAAAACAUUUCAGUUAGCUUUUGUCAGUGGCAUAACUCUUUCAUUUAUACACAUUUAAGAGAAUAUUUGAUGGACCCCCCCCCCGCCCCAAACACACACACACACACAGUGAAUUAUAUUUUGGUCAGUAAGUGGAAGUACGUCAGGUAAAGAGAAAAAACACACACUUCUUUAAAGAUUUGUCUCUGGUGUAAAUCCAACCAUUGUGUCUCUCUGGUCCUCGGCUACUUGACUACUGGACUCGUCGUUGCUGCCCCCCCCCCCUUUUUAUUUUGGUCUACAAACUCUGAAGUGUAGUGUCGUCUGAGGGAGUGUGAAAUAUGUGUGUGUGUGUGUGUUCAUCUGUGUUCAGUUGUUGAUGCAUGGCUCCUCCCGAGUGGUUCUGUGUGACGUGUGGAGCAGGAGGGAGCUCUAUCAGUUUUGGGGUUUCGCCCUCUGUUGCCUCUCUCUCCCUCUCUCCCUCUCUCUCUCUCUCUUUCUCUCGAUGUUGUAGCCUUAUUGUGAACAAUCUACAGCGACGUUUGUUAGUUGUGCAGACCUGAGUCGAUUACAGCUGGAAAUCCAUUCAUUUACCUGAUUCACUAAACGGCUGAAGGCUGAGAUUGAUCGCCGCUCUUGAGAUGUUUUGGGCCAGACGGAGUAAAAAAAAUCAAUCCCAAACGGUAAAUGAGUGCGUUUCGAACGGUAACUCAACAGUCUGUUGCUGUGACUGGUGAUUUCUUGUUUCACCUCUGUGUAGAUCUAUCGACCGUAAUUGUAAUUUGUUGAUUAUUCUCAUUAAAAAGACAUUGAGACAGUAAGUGCAAUAACACCUCGACGUGACUGUUGAGCACUGUCAACCUGUUCUGACUAUAGAUAUCAUUAUACAUACAUACAUACAUACAGGACCUGUAUAUCUGUUCAAUAGCUUAUUCUUAACAUUCCCUUUAAGGUUCCUUUCGGUGGCGACGCUCCAGGUUGCCUUCUACUGCCGUCAGAUUUAUACGCCAUAUCAAAGUGUCGGGUUUUUGGGAUUGUAAGACUGAAUUCAAGGCAACCUGGAAAAGAACCCAACCAAAACUUGACGGGUCAUUUUCAGUUGCUGCAUUUCAACUUCAUAUGUGUAGAAAUGAAAAUAAAACAAAUAAAUCAAAAUCUCAACACUUUAGAUCUGCAUAUCAACCUCCGCUUCUCCAUCAUUCGUACUAUGUUGCAAGUAACUGAUAACAUAUUGUAUUUGUAUGUAUGAGCGUGUCAUCUCAGGAGUUUAUUUUUUGUAAUAUAUUGACUGAUUUAUUUUUUUGAAGUUCCAUAUUUAUGGUAUAGUAUAUUCUCUGUUUUGUAGCGUGUUUCUAUCCGUAAUGCAAUACUGCUUUGCAUGAUCUGGUGACCGAUGAUGUUUUGUUUCUGUUGGGUUUUUUUCUGUACAGAUUCAAGUAAAUAAAAAUGUGGUUCCAUCAUUUCACUGA